AUGUGUGCGAUGUGGAAACUGCAAGUCGCCUUAUGUACUGUUCCGAUGCUGCUGCUGUCCCUGUCGUGUGCCGGCGAGAGCAAAGCGCGGAGCUGUAGCGAGGUGAGACAAGCUUACAACGCCAAAGGCUUCAGCCUCGUCAAUGUGCCUCAUCAGGAGAUAUCAGGUGAGCACCUGCGUGUCUGUACUCAGGGAUACACCUGCUGCACGACCGAGAUGGAGGACAAACUCAACCAGCAGAGCAAAAAGGAGUUCGAGAACUUGGUGGAAGAGAGCAGCCACAAAAUAAGGACGAUGUUUGUCUCCAGGCAUAAAAAGUUUGACGAGUUUUUCUUAGAGCUACUGGACAACUCGGAGAAGUCCCUCCACAGUAUGUUCAAGCGGACGUACGGGAAGCUGUACAUGCAGAACUCCGACGUGUUCCAGGACCUGUUCACCGAGCUGAAGCGCUACUACACGGGAGGUAACGUCAACCUGGAGGAGAUGCUGAACGACUUCUGGGCCCGGCUGCUGGAGCGCAUGUUCCAGCUGCUCAACUCCCAGUACCACUUCACAGACGACUACCUGGAGUGCGUCAGCAAGUACACAGAUCAGCUGAAGCCCUUUGGGGAUGUGCCCAGGAAGCUCAAGGCCCAGGUCACCAGGGCCUUCAUCGCUGCACGGACGUUCGUGCAGGGCCUCAUGGUCGGCCGGGAAGUCGCCAACAGGGUCGCCAAGGUGAAUGUCGCUGCUGCAUGUGUCAAAGCCUUGACCAAGAUGCUGUACUGUCCCUACUGCCGCGGCUUGCCCGGGCUGAAACCCUGUCACAACUACUGUCACAACGUUAUGAGGGGCUGUCUGGCCAACCAGGCCGACCUCGAUCCUGAAUGGAACGUCUUUAUCGAUGCUAUGUUACUGGUGGCAGACAGACUGGACGGACCCUUCAACAUCGAAGGAGCCAUUGAGCCAAUCGACAUCAAGAUCUCUGACGCUAUCAUGAACAUGCAAGACAACAGCAUGCAGGUGUCCGCCAAGGUUUUUCAAGGGUGUGGCCAACCAAAGCUAUCGGGAAUGGGCCGGUCUGCACGCGGCAUCUCAGAUGUGUUCAACGCUCGUUUCAGACCCUACACCCCCGAAGAGAGGCCGACCACAGCAGCUGGAACAAGCCUGGAUAGACUGAGGGUUGUCUGGAAGAGAAUGCAACACAAUGUGACUGACAUCAAAGAGAGGCUGAAGGAGUCCAGGAGGUUCUGGUCCAACCUGCCUGAUGACAUCUGCGCCAAGGGCAAACUCACGGAAUCGGACGACGAGCAGUGCUGGAACAGCCACACGAAGGGCAGAUAUUUCCCUGAGGUGGUGAAGGAGGGUCUAACCAACCAAGUGAACAACCCCGAGGUGGACGUGGAUAUCACCAGGCCCGACACACUCAUUCGACAGCAGAUCAUGGCUCUGCGGGUCAUGACCAACAAGCUAAAGAACGCAUAUAAUGGAAAUGACAUCUUCUUCCAGGACUCCAGUGACGAGGGCAGCAGCUCCGGCAGCGGCAGCGGCUGCUCCGACGGCUGCACAACAGAGUUUGUAUUUGUCGGAACAGAGGCUCCUGUGAUCGGCGCCGACAGGAGCGACGAGCGGGCGGCAGCAGCAGCCGCGGCCAAGUCGCUCUGCUGCGGACCCUCCGUGCUCCUGAUGAUGGCCGCCCUCACACUUUGGGCGCUGCAGACUCAAUGGAGAUAA